AAUCUGCAUAAGAAGAACAUUAAAGAAUGCACUGUAAGUCUUACGUGAAAUGCAGUCCUGCUUAUUAGCAGGCUUCAUGGAAAAGCGCGUGAGACAGAAAGUCUUGUCACUUUAUUUCUGUGUGCUUUCCUGCAUCUUAAGUUGCAGCUUAAGAUCCCUUAGGAUCAUGUGAGGCUGGGUUAUAUAUGAGAGCUGUGCUAUAGUGCUGUGAGCGUGUAAGCCUAGCAGCUGGGUAGUGUUAUGGUUGCUGCUUUCCUGUGCUAAGCUGAUUUACUUGUUUAAGGUCUGACCUCAUCAUCCUGUCAGUAUGGAUUCCCACCUAUACAGUUAGCAGCAGCUUAGCAUCGGCUUGAAGAGCUUGCAGUAUAUUAAUCAGAAGAGAGAGAGAGCGAGCGCUACCGGUAUUUGUUCUUUUGUUGUCUUUUCUUAAGAAGAGGAGUUGAAACAAGAGAUAAAGAAUCCAUUUCCUGACUGAAAGGAUAGGCUUUUGUCUUUUCUUUUUUUUUUUUUUUCUCCUCCUUCCUCUCUGAAAAAAAUGUCAGUAUCUGGAAAGAAAGAGUUUGAUGUGAAGCAGAUCCUGAGGCUCCGCUGGAGGUGGUUUAGUCACCCCUCGCAAGGCUCCACAGGCACUGGAGGCUGCCAUCAGCAGGGAGGGUAUGAACUUUUUUUUUCAGUUCAGAGCAGGUUGAAGAACCACUCUCGGGACAGAAAUGGGCUGAAGAAAAACAGCAGUCCUGUCCACCACAACAUACUGGCACCUGUGCCAGGUCCAACCCCAGUGCAUCACCGAUCUAUUCAAACCUGGCAUCAACAAAAUCUUAUAGAACAGCUUCGAUCAAAUGAGGAUAUUCCCAAAACAAGCACAGAGGAAAACAGUGUCAAAGAUUCAAAAACCACACAGGAGUUGCAGAUGAUCACAGAGGAAAAUUCAGGAGAAUCUACAGAGAGGUUAUCCACAACUAGCAGUUCACUACUUGGAAUGAACACCAAUGGCUCAGAUGAAUAUUUCCGAUCUACAAACCAUGCAGAGCAAACUUUCCGUAAAAUGGAAAAUUAUCUCCAGCAGAAGCAGCUGUGUGAUGUUCUCCUCAUAGCUGGAGACCAAAAGAUUCCAGCUCACAGGUUGGUUCUCAGUGCAGUGUCUGAUUAUUUUGCUGCAAUGUUUACAAAUGAUGUGCGUGAAGCAAAACAAGAAGAAAUCAAAAUGGAGGGUGUAGACCCAGAUGCUCUGAAAGCUUUGGUGCACUACGCCUACACAGGUAUUCUAGAGUUAAAGGAAGACACUAUAGAAAGUUUGCUAGCUGCAGCUUGUCUUCUCCAGCUAUCUCAGGUCAUUGAGGUAUGUUGUAACUUCCUGAUGAAGCAGCUCCAUCCUUCAAACUGCCUAGGGAUUCGCUCUUUCGGAGAUGCUCAGGGCUGCACAGAGCUCCUGAAGGUGGCACAUACAUACACUAUGGAACACUUCACAGAAGUAAUAAAAAACCAGGAAUUUCUUUUACUUCCUGCUAAUGAAAUUGCAAAGCUCCUGUCUAGUGAUGACAUCAAUGUUCCAGAUGAAGAAGCCAUAUUUCAGGCGUUAAUGAUGUGGGUGAGGCACGAUUUGCAAAACAGGCAACGAGACCUAGGCAUGCUUCUUUCUUAUAUUAGACUGCCUCUACUUCCGCCCCAGUUACUAGCCGAUCUAGAAAAUAGUCCAAUGUUUGCAGAUGACCUAGAGUGUCAGAAACUUCUUAUGGAGGCUAUGAAGUACCAUCUCCUACCAGAGAGACGGUCCAUGAUGCAGAGUCCUCGAACUAAGCCUAGAAAGUCGACAGUAGGUUCACUUUAUGCUGUAGGAGGUAUGGAUGCCACUAAAGGCACCACUACAAUAGAAAAAUACGACCUUAGGACUAAUAGUUGGAUACAAAUUGGCACCAUGAACGGUAGACGAUUACAGUUUGGAGUUGCAGUAAUUGACAACAAACUCUAUAUUGUGGGGGGCAGAGAUGGUCUGAAAACUUCUAAUAUUGUUGAAUGUUUCAACCCUAUCACGAAAGUUUGGACUAUAAUGCCUCCUAUGUCAACGCACAGACAUGGUCUUGGAGUAGCAAUGCUUGAAGGACCAAUGUAUGCAGUUGGUGGCCAUGAUGGAUGGAGUUACCUUAAUACAGUGGAAAGAUGGGAUCCCCAAGCACGUCAGUGGAAUUAUGUUGCUAGCAUGUCAACUCCAAGAAGCACUGUGGGGGUUGCAGCGUUAAAUAGCAAACUGUAUGCUGUUGGUGGACGAGAUGGGAGUUCCUGCUUAAAAUCCAUGGAGUGUUUCGACCCGCACACAAACAAGUGGAGCAUAUGCGCUUCAAUGUCAAAGAGAAGAGGAGGCGUUGGCGUUGCAACAUACAAUGGGUUUUUAUAUGCAGUGGGAGGUCACGAUGCACCUGCUUCCAACCACUGUUCUCGACUUUCCGACUGUGUAGAAAGAUAUGAUCCUAAAACAGAUGCUUGGACAACAGUGGCACCCUUAAGUGUACCUCGUGAUGCUGUUGGAAUUUGCCCUCUAGGGGACCGAUUAUACGCUGUUGGAGGCUAUGAUGGCCAUACAUACCUGGAUACUGUGGAAUCCUAUGAUGCUCAAAAUAAUGAAUGGACAGAGGAAGUUCCUGUCAAUAUUGGAAGGGCUGGUGCAUGCGUUGUUGUUGUAAAGUUGCCCUGAUGACAAUACGUGUUGUGAAACCAAAAGUGGAGUACAGUUCCAUGAAGAUUGAGGCAGGAGGAUAAGAAACAUUUCCAUAAGGCAGUUCAAACCAUAUACAUCUUAGUAGCCCUCCAUUAUAGAGAAUACUUAUCUCUGAGCCUUUAUGCUAUUAGAGCACAAAACUAGAGUCUUCCUGCAUUGCAAAAAUCAGAGAAUUUUGCAUAAGUGAAUUAUUAUUUUAUUAUACCUAGUACAUAGCAAUUCAAUAAUAUGUUUGAAUGGUUCAGGUUUGUUAUGCAAGUUUUUCUGUUAUUUAUAAAAUGCAGUAGUAAAGUGAAAAACGUGUAUAAGAUUUCAUACACUUUUUUCUUUUCUAUGUCAACGGUAAUGCCAAUGUUUGCAUAAAGACCUUUUUCAUUUGAGGUAAAUGAAGCUGUUUCUCUCUUACUCAUUUUCAACAGAGAACUGCACAGAUGGAAAUACUGGUCAAUAAAUAUCAUUGGCAACAGAAUAUUUGCUGCAGAAGUAGCUUCGCUUCUAUAUUCAGAAAUUAAAAUACUUAACUGACUUUCAAAUAAUUGUAUAAUAAAUUAAAUCUGAGAAGUGUAGAAUCUGGUUGCUGUUCAACGUCCAAUAUUACUAGUGCUGUGGCAGAAUACCCAUUUUUAGCAAUAUACUCAACUGAAUUCUGCAAGUUAAAAAAUAGUAGGCCUAAGAUAUCUUUGUUUUACUAAGUAUGUGCCAACAGAAAGAAACCUCCUUUGUCAAAACACAAUGCUAACAUGAUUUGCAGUUAUUUUCGAAGUGCAUUGAAAUGUGAUAUUUUAGUGCUCAUUACAGUGUCAGGUUAUUCAUGGAUUCAUCUUUGCCCACUAACCAUCUGUCAGUGCAUGUUAAACCAGUUUGGCUAUUCUUGGAAUAAUCACUGCACAUUAAAAUUUUAAAAUAUUCAUAUAAUUACAUUCCUUGAGUAUAACUUACAAAAUGAAAAUUUUAUAUCAUAUUGAUAUGACAAUCUUUAACCUCAGCUGAAGAUUACCAGCUUUCUCUCAUAUACAGUAAAAAAUAUGGUAAGCAAAGAAUAUGUGCACUGUGUAACAGUAUAUACCAAUACUAUACAUAUGUUUAUGUUUUAUUUGAAAUUAUGAGAAUGCUAAGAAUGAAGAAUAAAUAGAAAAAGAAUCACUAGAAAAACCACAUAAUAUUCCACGUGCAUGAUAUUUCUUUUUGUGUGCCAAUUUUUAUCAGGGUUUUAACAUGUUUUGCUUUAAUUUCAUUUUUGAUAAUUUUAAAUGCUGAAAGUGUAUUUUAAGAAUGGAAUGUAUGUAAGAUAUAUUCUAUGCUGCAAAGCACACUCUUUGGAUGUUAUCUACUUUAGCCUUUGAUAUGUCAUUGCUAUGUUAGUAAAAAAAAAAAAAAAUGCAGGAGAAACAGAUGAAAAUUCUCUGAACAUGUCAUGAAUAUAUCAUGAAUAUUCCUGGUAGAAUAUUGUGUUUUCAGAAUUCAGCAAUAUACUAUUUAAAAAAAAAAA